AAAAUAUGAUCAGAAAUAGGAUUAGAAAGAGGACCAGAAUAAAGACCAGAACAAGGACCAAGAAAAGAACCAAAAAAAGGAUAAGAGAAAGAAAAUACCAAAAAAAUCCUAAAAAAUGGUUGCAUUUCUUCUGGGAGUGAAAAAUUAAAAUCGGUCGAACGUAGGCGCAGGUCUUUGCCGAUGUUAAAUAAUUUUUCUUUUGCGGAAUACGUUGUAUGUAUACAUGUACAUAUAUUGGCGAAGGUGGAGGCGUUUGACGUGGGGUGACAUGCGCGCGUCAUCCUCGCCAGAAUCAAUAGGGGAAAACUCGACGGCAGCGACGCGACGACGAUUGCACGUUGGUCCCCUCUGGGUUUCUACCUCCACCAUCUCCAGGACUGACGGUCAUCGCAAGAAUGGCCGACAUUGAAUUUGAAGAGUUUCGCCGUUAUUUCGAAAGACUUCCCCAACACAUCAAAGCCCCCGUCUCAAAUUACAGACUCGUUCACGAUGUUAUGGUCGACGAUUCGCCCACUUCGUCACAGGGAAGUGAUGCGGAUGUUGGUAGAUCAUGUCGAGAUGUCGUCGAUUCUGAGGACGAGGAUGUUGUCGUUAUUCAUAGGCAUCAAAAUCAAAGUGGACACAGUUCACCGGACAGUGAAGUUGAAUUUGAACAUCGAUGCUCCAUAGUGGCUGACAGCGAUUUUAGCUUGUUCGAUGGACUGAACAGCAGAGGAAGAUCCAUCUACGGUCCAGGACUUAAUAACAGUCUUCGGAAUGGAAGCGAGGGUCGUGACAGUGUCGUCAGCGACGUUGGCGAUUCAUCUUCCUCAUUGAGUUCCUGGGCGACUCCCGAGCAUCGUCCAAACAGCGGUGGAAUGGAACGAAAGCGCCGAAGACUUCCGGAAAUUCCUAAAAACAAAAAGGCUUUUGCAAAUACGGGUCAAAUGUCGUUGGCGGAGGAAUUGGGAGCGGCGGCGGCAGCGGCAGCUGGGGCAAAUUCAUCGCCGGGAAGACAUCAUUUGAUGCUGAGAAAAUCUCACACUAGAUUACGUCACGAGGACAGCUCUCCUGAUAGUGAAAGAAUGGCAACUGACAGCGGUCACUCGACUGCUCAUUCACCUGACAAUGGUCCCAAAAGCGUAUCGCCAAUUCCCUGCAGUACUCUUCAAAAUAUCGACUCUGUCUCGCCUGACAGUACACCUGGAAGUGUAGGUAUUCCUUUCACACAACUUGAAUUAUUGGAAGCAACUCACAGAGGUUUGCAUAAAUUCGUUCCUCGUCAUCACGAUGAAAUUGAAAUUGAAAUCGGUGAUCCUAUUUAUGUUCAGAAGGAAGCUGAUGAUCUUUGGUGCGAAGGUGUGAAUUUGAGAACUGGACGUCAGGGAAUUUUCCCAUCUGCCUACGUGGUGGACAUGGAUUACAGUGACUUUGAUCCAACGGCACCGAAGGUGAAGCGAGAACGUUAUCUUCUGGGUUAUUUGGGCUCCGUGGAGACACUGGCCCACAAGGGGACAAGUGUUGUUUGUCAGGCUGUGCGACGAAUUGUCGGAAAUACAUCUCAAUCUUCUCCUAAUUCUCAAAGUUGCAUUCUUGAGGUUUCUGAUCAAGGUCUUCGAAUGGUUGAUCGUAGCAAACUUCCAAAAACUCGAGGUCCUUGUCACGAUUACUUCUAUUCAUUGAAAAACGUAUCCUUCUGUGCAUUUCAUCCCCAUGAUCAUCGUUAUCUCGGUUUCAUCACGAAACAUCCAACCUUGCAGAGGUUCGCUUGUCACGUCUUCAUUGGUCAGGAAUCCACUCGACCAGUUGCUGAAGCUGUUGGACGAGCCUUUCAUCGAUUCUACACCAAAUUCAUUGAGACUGCUUUCCCAAUAGAGGAUAUCUAUAUUGAAUAAAAAGCCUAGAUUGAUGUAGCGACUAUACAAAAAUUCAAGAGACGAGAAGAAGAAGAAAAAAAUGUUAUCUAUAUUUCCCCUUGUAAAUAAUCCCUCAGCUGUAGAUAUUGAAGUAUUAAACGCGAAUCAAACAUUUAAAAA